CUACCUAGUGAAGACAAGUAAUAUUCACACAGAAAAAAUAAUAGUGUUUUCUUACAUCAGUAGUAACACAAAACGAAAAUAUGGAUGAUCUUGCUAAAACUAACCCGCCAACAGAAGGAACCAACAUUCGAAACGAUGGGCCUCCUCUAAAUUUAUUAGAUAAAGCAAUAUUAAAAGAUAAAUAUCGCGUGAUACCGAAUUUAAAAACUGCUCAAAGUGAAAUCACCAGAGAAAUGCGAGGAAUUAUCGAUGAAAAAGUAGAAAAAUAUCAAAUGGUUUACUUUUAUAAAUUACUCAAUUUAGGGUUAAGACGUAGACUCUGUCUAUUGCUCGAAGAACAUGGUAUAGAUGUUUUACCCGAAACAGAAUUGAAUCAUAACUCAUUCUCACACAUUAAGUUGUCCACAGUGUACAGAGAUAAAUAUAGUACGACCACAGAUGUAGAACUUGUGGAAUCAAUUGUCGACAUUGUCAAAGAUGCUAUGAUCUGUAAAAAAGAUGUAAGUAAAUAUAUAAAGGAUUUACCAGAAGAAACCAGUCAAUCAAAUAAGCAACAUAACAAUGUAACAAUAAUAGAGUCUAAAAUAUAUGAAGAUAAUGAAAAAAAUAGUAGUGGUUCUCAUAAUAACAAAAAUAAUCAAAACAAAUUACAAACUCUUUUUGAAGAAUUCAAAAAACGAUGCAAAUUGAACAACAAACCCAAGGUCGUAUCUCAGAGUGGAAAACAGCAAAGCACGAAAUGUCAACAAAAUCUGGUUACAAAGGUGCAAAAUAAAAAAUCAAAAAAACAAGCUCGAAAAAGAGCUGGUGCUCUCAAUCAGAAAGAGCCACAUGACCGAGAAAAAAGUAAUACAGUGCAAGAAAACAAAAAAAAUAGAAGUGAUCAACAAGAUUUCGAAAAGCAACAAAAUACUAAUUCUCAACCAAACAUUACAAAUUCAACAAAUCAAUUGAAUUCAGAAUUCCAGUCCAACAUUUUUCCCUCAAAUGGUCAACAAGAAGUGAAGUGGGAAUUAAAUUCUAAUGAGAAUGAAAUACGAUCGAUUUGUCAAACAAAAGCAUCACAUCCGUUUGUAAAUCUACAAGAAUCUUGUGUCCAACAGAACAUCAUUCCUCAGUUUGAUAAUCAGACAAGUUCAGUAUGGAAACCGAAUACCCACUUUGAAAAUAUACCAAGUUCUCAACCUGAAGUCAUUUCCAGUUUGAGAUCCCAACAAAAUUCAAGUUGUCAAAUUAAUUCCAUUCCUCUAAUAGCCAACCAACAUUUGGCAAACGACCAACAAAGUCUUAUCUCACAAUUUUUAAAUCAACAAAACUCAUAUGCUUACCACGGAGUAGUUCAUGGACCAACAGUAAUGCCCCAGUUUGUUCAUCAACCAGUCGUGAAUUACGCACAAAACAUUGUACCCCAGCUCGUUAUCCCAGUUCAACAAAGCUUAGUUUGCGCGCCAAUUGCAGUACCCCAGGUGCCACAGGUCAACCAACACACAGUACCAGAGGUUAUUGGCCCCCAAAAGUCAAUUUACCAACCAAAACCAAUACCUACCGUCAUAAAUCAACAAAUUUCAGAUUGUCAACAAAAAAUAACUUCCCCAUAUGCCAAUGAAACAAAUCCAAUUUGCCAUCCAAAAGUUAUAACCGAAAUAAAGCCCAUCAUUCCUGCAAACGCAGACCUGUUGAUAUCUGACAAACCAAACCUCAUACCCCAGCAUCUAAAUCAACACAGUCCAUUUGAUAGAUCAAACACGACUGCUAAAGAAAAAAAGCAAGAAACAAUAUCUCAAGACACAUCUGGAAGAAAAGUACUGAAUAGCCAACAAAAAAUAACUUCCUCAUAUGUCAAUGAAACAAAUCCAAUAUGCCGUCCAAAAGGAAUGACCAAGAUAAAGCCCAUCAACAUGCCAGCAAAUCCAGACUUGUUGAUAUCUGACAAACCAAACCUCAUACCCCAGUCUCUAAAUGAACACAGUCCAUUGGAUAGAUCAAACACACCUACUAAAGAUAAAAAGCAAGAACCAAAAUCUCAAGAUACAUCUGGAAGAAAAGUAUUGAGCAAGAGGAAAGGCGAUGAGGAAUUGAUGAUUGUUAAUAAAAAAUGUAAACUUUCAACUGAAUUAGAAAACCUUAUAAGAAAUAGACAAGAACCAUCGAAGCACCCUCUUAGCGUUGACAGUGGAGGAAAAUCAGUAAAUUAUUGUAGCCAACAAAAAAUAACUUCCCCAUGUGUCAGUGAAACAAAUCCAAUUCGUCAGCCCAAAGUCAUGACCGAGAUAAAGCCCAACAUGCCAGCAAAUCCAGACCUGUUGAUAUCUGACAAACCAAACCUCAUACCCCAGUCUCUAAAUCAACACAGUCCAUUGGAUAGAUCAAACACAACUACUAAAGAUAAAAAGCAAGAACCAAAAUCCCAAGACACAUCUGGAAGAAAAGUAUUGAGCAAGAGGAAAGGCGAUGAGGAAUUGCUGAUUGUUAAUGAAAAAUAUAAACUUUCAACUGAAUUAGAAAACCUUAUAAGAAAUAGACAAGAACCAUCGAAGCACCCUCUUAGCGUUGACAGUGGAGGAAAAUCAGUAAACUAUUGUAGCCAACAAAAAAUAACUUCCCCAUGUGUCAGUGAAACAAAUCCAAUUGGCCAGCCCAAAGUCAUGACCGAGAUAAAGCCCAGUAUGCCAGCAAAUCCAGACCUGUUGAUAUCUGACAAACCAAACCUCAUACCCCAGCAUCUAAAUCAACACAGUCCAUUGGAUAGAUCAAACACACCUACUAAAGAUAAAAAGCAAGAACCAAAAUCUCAAGACACAUCUGGAGGAAAAGUACUGAGCAAGAAAAAAGACGAUGAUGAAUUGAUAAUUGUUAAUAAAAAAUGUAAACUUUCAACUGAAUUAGAAAACCUUAUAAGAAAUAGACAAGAAUCAUCGAAGCACCAUCUUAGCGUUGACAAUGGAGGAAAACCAGUAAAUUAUUGUACAAGAGAUGAAGAGAAUUACAAGAAACAAUGCACAGAUGUCGACGUAGUUAAUAAUCCAAUAGAUAAUGAAUUCAGUUUACGUAAGCAAAACGAGGGUAGCCAAAUUUGUUCUACUCAGACCGAACCCGUGCUGGAAUCCAGUCAAGAAAAUUCUGGUCACCCCGGAAAGGAGUCACAAGGCCAUGUAGAAUAUGAUGACCAAACAACUACAUGGGACUCUACGCAUGCACUGGAGACAGACGAUUGGGCUUGGAAAGAAGGUUACACAGAUUGGAGUUGAAUGUAUAUAAGGUCAAAAGUUAUUAGUUUGAUAGGUACAAGUUUUGCAUGAACAAGAAAACAAAAAGCAGUGUCAAUCAUGAAUUUUUUUUAUUUUUUAAAUCAACUUAAAACACUGUUGUGAAAGUAAAGGCGUACUCAAUGCAUUGGACAUUGUUGGUUGUAAUCUCUCAACUGGAGAGCAAAUGAGCCAAGACAAGAUUGUUACUGUGAUGACGGAGAUUAUAUGUUGUAAAUAAUUCUAAGGAAUAUUUUAUGGCUGUAAGAAAGUAUUUUAAACUUGUCAAUAAAUAAGUUAAAAUUAUGUGCUGUAUAUAUUGUGUUUAAAACACAUGUUGUAAAUAUUCUUAAUCCCUUUGCGAAAUGAAAUUUAUGAAGAAUGUACCUGAAUAGUUCGCUCGAGUGACUCCCUCUGAUAUGAUAUUCAAUGUCAAAAACACUGAAAUGGUAUAAAAUUCAGGUCAGUGGUCAGUGUACAUAAUACUACAUAACAACGAUUUGUAAAACCUAUUAGUAUGAUGUAAUAACUUUAUACCAUAUAAUUGGUAGUUAAAACUGCAACUAAUUACUUACGGAGAGGGGUAAUGUGCACAUAUGUAAAUUUAAACAAUUAUUUUUAUUAAAAAGUUAAAUACUUUUAAUGCAG